AUGAUGCCAUGCGGCUUCGACGUGAAGCGCGGCUUGGAGGACGUGCCGAUACUGGCGCAGCUGGAUGGGUGGAAGGACCUCCCCGCCGUCCGCAACGACCGGGUUUACGUGGUUGACGCCAGCGCCUACACCAGCCGCUCCGGCCCACGCCUGGUAACCGGCCUGGAAAUCAUGGCGGAAAUGAUUCACCCAGAGUUGUUCAGCGGAUUCAUCCCGGAGUCAGGCGCCCUGCGGCUCUUUAACGCCUAG